AUGACGAUGAUUCAGAUCGAAAAGUUAAUUUCUCAAGGUUUUCGCCAAAGUCAAAUUGUCGUAAAUAGAGGAAGAGUUGAAAAUAGAACAACUUACCCCGCCGAUCCGCCGAAAGCAUAUUGCAAAUAUGCUGACUUUUUGUGUGGAACUGGUGGUUUUGAUUCACUCAUUUUAACUUUCUAA